AUGACGUCGCACAAUGACCCGCGUUACGGCGAUGAGCAGCCGGGGCUGGAGGUGACACACUAUCAGCAGUUGCGCCACGGCCAUUUACUGCCCGAAGUCAGCCCAGCCGAACAUAGCGACAGAAGCAAGGAAAACGUCCAGUACGCGGGUUCCGAGUAUCCAGAACACUACGGGCCGUUCCCGGCUGUUGCCCCGUCCUCACAUUCCCCCGGCCUGCCGAGCGAACUACCGACGACAGGGGAACACGGCCGGAAGAAGAAGUUGUGGUUUAUCGUUGGCGCUGUUGUUGCCGUGCUCGUCGUUGUUGCUGCGGUUCUGGGAGGUGUCUUGGGAAGCAGAGCGGCAAACUCGUCUUCAGGGGAUUCGACAGUACCAGCGUCGCAGGGGGAACCGGGAGGAGCCGGUGAAUCAGGGAACUCUGGCGGCUCCGGAAACUCCGGGGGCUCUGGAGACUCUAGGGGCUCUGGAGGCUCUGGGGAUGCAGGCGGCUCAACAGACGAGCCGAAACCGCAAACAAUACGACAAGGCUCGGGAUUGAGCAUCACAGGCUGGCGGAAACCUGACAAUAGCGUCGAGACCUACCUCUUCUUCCAAGACCCGGAUAAUGGUCUUCGAUACACGCGGUGCGAUGGAAGCCAGCGCUCGCCAGGAAACGAGUCCACAUGCUGGGAAGCUCCCACCGCAUUUUACUCCGACGCCAACGCCAGAGCUGGUACUCGCCUGGCCGGUUGUACCCUUUUAUACGACGAUAUCAACCAGCCUCAAACCGAAAUCGUCUACUCCGGCUAUAGGACACGUCUGCUCGCCGUCAGCAUCAACGAGCAGGUUGCCGUCCCCGUUACGGCAGGGUCUGUUGACAAAGUGAAUAUAUACACCCUGUUCGAAAGCGACUUCGCAUCCUACUGGCCCUGGGUUAUCUACCAAGACACCGCGGGCGAACUCCGCCAGGUCCGCAAUAACCUCGGCCCCAAUUUCGGCCCCUAUCCCGCAUGGACCGACACCCAACUCGCCAUCACCGCCCUAGCCACAUCAAGGCUAGCCAUAGUCCCCAUGUCCACCAACUUCUCCCGGAUCGCCACCAAAGGCGGCUAUGCCAUCUUCUACCAAACACCCUCACACCAACUGGCCGCCUCCAUCCCCGGUCUCGACUCCCCUGACCUGGACCCGGAUUACACUCUCUCCUGGGACCCAAUUACCCUCCCCAAUAUCACCCUCCCCGAAAAGGCUCCCAUCACCGCCUUCUCCACCGCCCGCGCCAGCGACACCGCCGGGCGUGUAGACACCUACGUGCUCUACCGCGACGCCGACGCCAACAUCAACGUCCUUUACACCGCCACCCCAUCAUCAUCAAGCGAUAGCAACGGCACGGGCUGGUGGAAAACCGCAAAACCAGACGCGCUGCAGGGGGCGGAUGUGGACUCGGAUAUCGCGUGUCUGACCAUGGCGACGACGGUAAAGAGCGCGGCGGAUUUGCCGGUGCCAUUGGAAGAGGUGUCGGGGGAGAAUCGGUGUUAUCUUCAGAAAGGGGGGAGAGUGGUGGAAGUGAAGAUGGGGACGGGGGGUGGAGGGGACUGGGUUGUUGUGGGGAGCGUUCCGAUACCCUGA